AUGGAGGCAGCCAUAGCAAAGCACAUUGAUCCUUCGAAUCUCUUGAUUGAGCGCGCUGUUGCAGAGUGGGAUAGUGAUGAAAAAACAUGCUUCCUCGGUGACGAAGCGAACAGUUCCUUCAACAUGACUGUCGGACUCGAUCCGUCGACGGACAAGCUGCUUCUCUGGUUCCAACUGGUCGUCAGCGUCAAGCGUCACCGUGCUGCAACCCACAGCCGUCCACGUUCGCUGUUCAUGCUGCUUCAAGCCGACAUGUUCGACCAUGACCACGAUCCUUGCUUCUCCCUCAACCACGUCUCCGAGGUGCCUGCGCCGAAAGCGACUCUAGAAGCCAUUUCCCGUGCUAGCCUUGGCGGCGACAAUACCCGCACGUUUCAGCUGCAUCUGCGUUUGAAGGAGCAUAGCCAAGUCGUGAUGCCCAAGUCGGAUCCUCCGCUCAUCCCCGCCACCGAAAAGAGCCGCCGUCUGCUGCGCUCUUUCAGAUCUCUCUCCGAAGCCACCAGCUUCUCCGUCUAUUUGCCAUUGGGUGCGGAUCGCGUGCAGUCACUCCAAGAAGUUUGCAACAGCUUGCUUUCGAAGCAGUUGGUCAGCCACGACAUCGACUUCCGGUCAUUUUAUACGGGUGGCGCUGAACGUGACGUUUGGUCCAAUUUUGAUAUCUUCCUAGACUCCGCAUCUGAACACAACGCACCAAAGGCCGGCCCACUCGCGGCUACCACCAGCUCCCCGCCCCAAGGUCCCAGCUUCGAGCGCAAGAGCGCAAAAGCAGUUGAAGCACCAGCGGAAGAGGAUGAAGAUGCUCUAGCGGAACCGGCGCCCCCUCCUCAAUAUGAAGAUGACGACGCCUCCACAGUUAAGCAGCCAAAACCUUCACUUCCCCCAGACCCAGCAUCACCCCUACUUUACCGACCUGAACUCGAUCUCGACGGCGAAACGACGGAAGAGGACGAAGAACCACCGACCGAGCAGACACCGGCCUCACCUCAUUCACCACCACGCAAGAAACGCAAGGCCGACAACGACAGCCCGGCAGCCAGCCCAGCAGUUCCUCCCCUACCCCCACACGCAGCAGCUGUACCACCACCACCACCACCACCACCAGAAGAAGAGGGAGAAGAAGAAGAAGAAGGAGAAGAAGAAGCAGAAGCAGAAACAGAAGCAUCUCCCCUCCCUCCCUACCCUUCAUCCUCCUCCUCCCGCCCCCGCCCCGGCAACAAACCCCGCGUCCGCUUCACCAACCCCACCACCACCCCAUCAAUCCAACAACCCAACCGCACCAUCUCCAGCCACCUCAACACGACCCCGUCCUCGCUCCGCACCGCCUUGGCCCGCUUUCUGCGUUGGCUGGCCGCCGUCGACGUCGACCUGCAGGACAAGUACGACGGCUUGCUCUGGGACAUGGGCGACGCGGCGGCGGCGGGCGACGGGGUCAGGUUCUACCGGCUGCAGGCAAGGUGCAAGGCUGAGGUGUUGGUUGGGUAUAGGAGGAGGGAACCGGUUGCCGGUGGCACGGGGGGUGAGGGGGAGGAGUAG